AUUGGCAGAGAUUCUUGUUCUUCUCAGGCGGGGGAUAGAUCUUGUCUGAUGAAAGCAGAGCAGUGCUUUGGAAACCGCCACGUGCGACUACCGGUGCCUUUUUUGACGCAGCUGGAUUGCGCUUGGAACUGUGGUGAUGAACCCGCUGCUGAUUGGCGGGUAUCUCGUUCUUUUGGCGCGGGGAACAAGAAGGUCUUGUGUUGGUGGGAAACACAGCAGGUGACUCAGCAGACACGCGCCGCGGAGAGCGCCUGUAGCCUCUGGUCUGUUCUUGCUGUGGAUUGGAGGAGACCAGUACCUGCCCUUACUGUCAGUGGACCUUGUUUUGGAGAAGUACGCCACACGCGACACCUGCAUUCCCCACCUAUCCCCUUUUGUAUUUUGCGGGCGGGUUCGUGCGCUUGGAUCCUCCGGGGAUUCAUCUGGUGCUGACCGGCGGUGGUCCUUUUUUUCGCCCGGAGCAUCUCGUGUGGUAAAAGCGUAGCAGGUGUCCCAGCAGGCACGCACCACGGAAAGCACCCGUGCCCUCUCGCCUGUUUGUUGCUGCUGGUCGGACAGAUGGAUCUGGCGAAAACGGUGGUUCACGCGCUUGGAUUACGGGAUUCGCCCGCUGCCGAUCGGCGGAGGGGGAACGAGGAGCCAGUGUCAGUGGGAAGCAUAG